CGGAUACCGGCUCCCAGCCCCAGCCCCAGCCCCAGCCCCAGGGAUACCGGGCUGCUCCCGGGACUAGGCGUCACUUCCGGGGUGGGAAUGUGGCGUGCUGCAGAGGGGAGACGAGAGAGGACCGGCCACAGCCCGGGACAUCAGGUAUAUUUGCUCCCAUGGAGUUAAGGAUCUGUGAAUAUAACCGGAUCAUUAGCGCUUUACGCCCGCUGUGUCACACCCAGCUACAGCAUAGAUAGCACUGUCUCUAAGCCAAGGUGAGCCAUGAUUCCUGUGACAGAGCUCCGGUAUUUUGCAGACACCCAGCCGGCUUACCGUAUCCUGAAACCAUGGUGGGAUGUCUUCACCGACUACAUCUCCAUCGUUAUGCUCAUGAUUGCUGUGUUUGGAGGCACACUACAGGUCACUCAGGACAAGAUGAUAUGCCUUCCGUGUAAAUGGGUCACUCACGACAGCUGCAAUGAUUCCUACAGGGCCUGGACACCGGUAGAAGCUGAAUAUGCCAACACCAGCUUGGUGCCUCCACCUGAGUUAGGGCCCACGGGCAUAAAGUACGACCUGGAUAGACAUCAGUACAACUACGUUGAUGCAGUGUGCUAUGAGAACCGGCUUCACUGGUUUGCAAAGUAUUUCCCCUACCUUGUGUUGUUACACACGUUGAUCUUCCUGGCGUGCAGCAACUUUUGGUUCAAGUUCCCCCGAACCAGCUCCAAAUUAGAGCAUUUCGUCUCCAUACUGCUUAAAUGCUUUGACUCACCUUGGACUACACGGGCCCUGUCUGAAACUGUCGUGGAGGAAAGUGAUCCCAAACCUACCGGGGGAAAGAUGAAUGGCUCAGUGGACAAAAAGUCUUCCACAGCCAGUGAAGACGUUGAAGCCACCGUGCCCAUGCUCCAAAGGAGUAAGUCAAGGGUGGAGCAGGGAAUUGUUGAUAGGUCGGAGACGGGAUUGCUGGAUAAAAAGGAGGGGGAGCAGGCAAAAGCCUUGUUUGAAAAGGUGAAGAAGUUUAGGACACAUGUUGAAGAAGGCGAUAUAGUAUACAGGCUGUAUAUGCGACAAACAAUUAUUAAAGUAAUUAAGUUUAUUCUAAUACUCUGCUACACUGUGUAUUAUGUCAGCAGCAUCACCUUUGAUGUGGACUGCAAGGUGGACAUUGAGAGCCUCACUGGUUAUCGGAUGUAUCGCUGUGCCCACCCGCUGGCCACACUUUUCAAAAUCUUAGCUUCUUUUUACAUCAGCCUGGUGGGUUUCUAUGGUCUGGUCUGCGUGUACACACUCUGGUGGAUGCUGAGACGAUCCCUAAAAAAAUACUCCUUCGAGUCCAUCCGAGAGGAGAGCAGCUACAGUGACAUCCCGGAUGUCAAGAACGACUUUGCUUUCAUGCUGCACCUCAUAGACCAGUACGAUCCACUGUAUUCCAAGCGCUUUGCCGUCUUUUUGUCCGAAGUGAGCGAGAACAAGCUGAGACAACUUAACCUCAAUCACGAGUGGACAUUGGACAAGCUACGCCAACGCAUCACCAAGAACUCUCAGGACAAACUCGAGUUGCACCUUUUCAUGUUAAGUGGGAUACCGGACACUGUGUUUGACCUGGUGGAGCUGGAGGUGCUGAAACUGGAACUAAUACCUGAUGUCACCAUUCCUCCUAGUAUUGCCCAGCUCACUGGAUUAAAGGAACUCUGGCUGUACCACACAGCUGCUAAAAUUGAGGCACCAGCUCUUGCCUUCCUCAGAGAGAAUCUGAAGUCAUUACACAUCAAAUUCACAGAUAUCAAGGAGAUUCCGUUGUGGAUCUAUAGCUUGAAAACACUCGAGGAGCUGCACUUGACUGGUAACUUGAGUGCCGAGAACAAUAGGUACAUAGUCAUUGAUGGUCUCAGAGAGCUAAAGAGGCUGAAAGUGUUGAGACUGAAGAGUAAUCUUACUAAAUUACCGCAGGUGGUGACUGAUGUAGGUGUCCAUCUGCAGAAGCUUUCGGUCAACAAUGAGGGCACCAAAUUGAUGGUGCUGAACAGUCUUAAAAAAAUGGUGAACCUAACUGAGCUGGAGCUAGUUCGCUGUGACUUGGAAAGGAUCCCUCACUCCAUUUUUAGCCUCCACAACCUUCAGGAAAUUGAUUUGAAGGACAAUAAUUUGAAGACUAUUGAGGAGAUCAUCAGCUUUCAGCACUUGCACAGACUGACCUGCCUGAAGCUCUGGUACAACCAUAUUGCCUACAUACCCAUUCAGAUUGGCAAUCUGGCAAACCUUGAGCGACUUUACCUUAACCGGAAUAAGAUAGAUAAAAUACCAACACAGCUAUUUUUCUGCCGAAAACUCCGACAUCUGGACCUGAGCCACAAUACUCUAAGUGGCAUCCCACCGGAUAUUGGGCAACUGCAGAACUUGCAGUAUUUCGCUGUAACUGCUAACCACAUUGAGAACCUGCCCCCAGAGCUUUUCCAGUGCAAGAAACUGCGUACCCUGAACCUAGGGAACAAUGCCCUGCAGUCUCUCCCUUCCAGAGUCGGCGAACUCACCAACCUGACGCAGAUGGAGCUGCGAGGGAAUCGGCUCGAGUGCCUCCCCGUGGAGCUGGGAGAGUGCCAUCUGCUGAAGCGCAGCGGACUAGUGGUGGAGGAGGACUUGUUUAACACCUUGCCGCUGGAGGUGAAAGAGAAGCUAACAAGAGCAGACAAGGAACAAGUGUGAGAGACGUUGCGGAGUCAUACAAAGCAAAGGAUGUCCAGGGAAUCCCCUGACCCCUGCCAGAGGCUCCUGGGGUCCCUAGUAUAUGACACUGCACCACGUCCUCUGAAAGGGCACUAAUGUCUCACUAAAAUACCCGACGUGGGUUCUGAUAAAUUGUUACAGUGAUCACCGAACAAAUGUACCUGAAAUUCUGCCUCUUUGUAGUAUUUACCGUUGCAGAGGGUCUGCACAUUGACCCCCCCCCCCCCCAAAGAAAAGGAAGCCUCUUCCCAUUCCUGUUUUUCACAGACUGCCGUUCGCCGCUUUAGUUUCACUGUCACAAAUUCCAUCUCCGGCUUCUUCCUGUACUGUUAUUUUUAGACUGGUUUUAUUUGCUUUCCUAUUAUUAUCUCCAUCUGUACCAAUUAUUAUAAUUUUUUUAUUUAAGUUUUGCUUUUAAAUGGCCUUGUUUUGCAUGAUGGGGGACUUUGAGACACACAUCUCCUUUGAGCCUUAUUUUUUUACAUCUUCCCCCUCCUCCUGUUGCGCUGUUUGGUCAUUCCAUGCAGAGUGGACCACUGUGCCAAAGUAGGGAACAAUACAUACCCACGUGCCCUCGGCUCUGAACGUUAGCUGCCUUUCCGUUAUAAAAUGCAAUGUAAAGUCGUAAUAACAAUCGAGUAACACAUGUACAUUUUAUUUUUGCCGUAGAGGGGCAAUGCUUACAGCUGUAUCUUUGAGAAGCUCUGUUGCCUACAUACACGUUGCAAAAUCUAUAAAAUAUAGAUGUAGGGAUUUGGGCUACAACUUAUAGAGACAUCUGCGGCCCACUUGAUUACUUCACUGCAAGCCGUGGACACUGCUGUGCAUACAGGCUACUCUGCCUGGCUACACUGUGCUGUAGGGAGUGGCUGUGGUAUCAGGACUCUUAUCACCUUGCGUGUCAUGGAUGGGUCUUGUUUCUGUCUGCUGUAGACAGGUGGGGGGAUGCGGAAGCUGAGAUAUGGACCAUAUGUUCACACUAAAAAAACAGUUACUUUUUACCCAGCAGGCAGUGCAAGAAGCAUGUUGCAGCCACAGAAGUCAAGGGGGCCAUUUUGUGAGCUGGCAUGCUAGGGUAUUGGUAAUAUGGGAGAAAUAAAGUUAUUUCACUACAUUCAUUUCACAGUUGGCGUAUUCAGCAGGCCAGUAUUACCAAAAUAUGCUUUUAUUUUACAUUUUUAAUAAAUGGCUUCAAAACAGCCAUUACAUGUGUUUUUAUGGUGCCCACAUGACAGUGUGGACACUUGGCCUUGUCACUAGAAGACCACAAACCACUUUGCCUUAGUGUGUGUAUUUGUACUUUUUUUUUUUCAAACUAUUGGGGUACAAAUCAUGAUCUGUGAGUUUCAGGCAGCUGUGAAAUGUCUACAGUUUGGCUGCUAGAUUUACAGUGCAUCUGGAAAGUAUUCACAAUGCUUAACUUUUUUUAGAUUUUUGCAAAUUUAUUAAAAAUAAAAAAAAACUAAGAAAUCAUAUGUACGUAAGUAUUCACAGCCUUUGCCAUGAAGCUCAAAAUUGAGCUCGGGUGCUUCCUGUUUCCACUGAUCAUCCUUGAGAUGUUCCUACACCAUAAUUGGAAUCCACCUGUGGUAAAUUCAUUUGAUUGGACAUGAUUUGGAAAGGCACACCUGUCUAUAUAAGGUCCCACACUUGAUAGUGCAUGUCUGAGCACAAACCAAGCAUAAAGUCAAAGGAAUUGUCUGUAGACCUCAGAGACAGGAUUGUCUCGAGGCACAAAUCUGGGGAAGGGUACAUAAAAAUAUCUGCUGCUUUGAAGGUCCCGAUGAGCACAGUGGCCUUUAUCCGUAAAUGGAAGAAGUUCAGAACCACCAGGAGUCUUCCUAGAGCUGGCCGGCCGUCUAAACUGAACGAUCAGGGGAGAAGGACCUUAUUCAGGGAGGAGACCAAGAACCAAAUGGUCACUCUAUCAGAGCUACAGCAUUCCUCUGUGGCGAGAGGAGAACCUUCCAGAAGGACAGCCAUCUCUGCAGUAAUCCACCAAUCAGGUCUGUAUAGUAGAGUGGCCAGGCGGAAGCCACUCCUUAGUAAAAUGCACAUGGCAGCCCGCCUGCAGUUUGCCAAAAUGCACCUGAAGGACUCUCAGACCAUGAGAAACAAAAUUCUCUGGUCUGAUGAGACAAAGAUUGAACUCUUUGGUGUGAAUGCCAGGCGUCAUGUUUGGAGGAAACCAGGCACCGCUCAUCACCAGGCCAAUACCAUCCCUACAGUGAAGCAUGGUGGUGGCAACAUCAUGCCGUGGGGUUGUUUUUCAUCAGCAGGAACUGGGAGUCUGGUCGGAUAGAGGGAAAGCUGAAAGCAGCAAUGUACAGAGACAUCCUGGAUGAAAACCUGCUCCAGAGCGCUCUUGACAUCAGACUGGGGCGAUGGUUUAUCUUUCAGCAGAACAACGACCCUAAGCAAACAGCCAAGAUAUCAAAGGAGUUGUUUCAGGACAACUCUGUGAAUUUCCUUGAGUGGUGCAGCCAGAGCCCAGACUUGAAUCCGAUUGAACAUCUCUGGAAAGAUCUGAAAAUGGCUGUGCACCGACACUUCCCAUCCAACCUGAUGAAGCUUGAGAGGUGCUGCAAAGAGGAAUGGGCGAAACUGCCCACAGAUAGGUGUGCCAAGCUUGUGGCAUAAUAUUCAAAAAGACUUGAGGCUGUAAUCGCUGCCAAAGGUGCAUCAACUAAGUAUUGAGCAAAGGCUGUGAAUACUUAGGAACAUGUGAUUUCUUAGUUUUUUUAUUUUUAAUAAAUUUGCAAAAAUAAAGAAAACUUUUUUCACAUUGUCAUUAUGGAGUAUUGGGGGUCAUUCCGAGUUGAUCGCACGCUGCAGUUUUUCGCAGCGCAGCGAUCAGGUAACUACUGCGCAUGCGUAUGCACCGCAAUGCGCAGGCUCGUACGGGUACAAAGCAGGUCGUUGCUGACUGAUGGAUUUAACGAAGAAUCCAGCCGAUCGCAAGGAGAUUGACAGGAAGAAGGCGUUUGUGGGUGUCAACUGACCGUUUUCUGGGAGUGUUUGGAAAAACGCAGGCGUGUCCAAGCGUUUGCAGGGCGGGUGUCUGACGUCAAUUCCGGGACCAAAAAGUCUGAAGUGAUCGCAAGGGCUGACCUACUCAGAAACUGCACAAAAUGUUUUUGCAGAGCUCGGCUGCAAAGGCGUUUGUACACUUCCAAAGCGAAAAUACACUUCCCUGUGGGCGGCAACUAUGCGUUUGCACGGCUGCUAAAAACAGCUAGCGUGCGAUCGCCUCGGAAUGACCCCCAUUGUGUGUAGAAUUUUGAGGGGGGAAAAAUGUAUUCCAUUUUAGAAUAAGGCUGUAACAUAACAAAAUGUGGGGAAAAAGUGAAGCGCUGUGAAUACUUUCCAGAUACACUGUAAGCCGGCAAUAAUAAAAAAAAAAAGCAAAAAAAAAAAUAUUUUUAAAUAUUGCUGCUUUAAAGCUACCUCCUACAUUGUUUACCGCUUGCAGUUUGCGACCUAUUCAAAUUAUUAUAUGUACCCCACAGUCUUUUAGUGACUGGCUGACAAAUUACAGGGGGGGACCCUGCUUUCUGAUAACCCAAUGACCCCACACAUACUUUUUUUUGUAUUGUGAACCAAGACAGAUGUUCGUGGUCAAAAUCUGAUUACGGCUUGAUUGCACAUAAUUAUUUGGCAUUGCAGGCCAGGAUAGAUUUUACUAAAAAUAAAAAAUACCACUUUCACAUAGAAAGUGGUUGAAAGGUUGAUAACCCAUUUUUUUUUUCUGGUCCCAGCCUGUGCCCCCUUUCAUACAGAAGAAAGAAUUGCUGGGUCAAGUAUUUGGACCCGGUAAUUUUCCAGGUCACCCCCGGACCACCUUAUGUGCGAAAGGGUCAACCUGGGUUGCAAUUCCCGGGUCUCCGGCCCUUGUGGAAAGCUGGUUCGAAGUCCUGGAAUUUUUUUUAUCUGGGUUGACCCUGAAAAAGUGCACCUUAAUUGCCCAAAGUGGUGGAAUAUAAUAAUUUAAGUAGUGUACGUACACAUAAGCUAUGAGCUGAUUGAAGAGGCGAGUGGAUGAUGGUGUUAUGUUCCAUUUAGAAGAAACAGAUAUUUUGAGUUAAAUAUAAAUAAUUAGAACUUUUUGAAUUGACCUAAGCACAUAUUGACCACAUAUAUUGACCAUAUAUAUUGACCACAGAAUAUAUCCGUAAAUAGAUGGGUAUGUGUCGUUGGAUAGACACAACUUAGGUCGACCAUGGAAGGUCGACAUGCAUUAGGUCGACAGGGAUAAUAGGUCGAUGUGUACUAGGUCAAUAGGUCGACAUGAGGUUUUUUACUUUUUGGUGUCGUUUUCUCUGUAAAGUGACGGGUAAACCCAAAUUAGUGCACCGUGUCCCCUCGCGUGUUACCUUUCCAAUCAUAGUCUGCGUGGAUCGGUAAGUAUGAAAAAAUUUGAAAAACUCAUGUCCACCUUUUGACCUGUCGACCUAAUGGCAUUGUCGACCUAAGUUGUGUCGACCUAAUGACCGUAACCCAAAUAGACUACCAGUAUUUAGUAUAACAUUGUUACUAUGAUCCUUAGGUCAUAACGCGUACAUCCAUUUAAAAAACACCAUCAUUGUUACACCCCUUCAUCCAUCCAUAGCACCUUUUCCUCCUAUGUUGAUAUGGCUCAGAGACAAAAUGCCACUUUUUUCUGUAUUAUGCUCUCCGAUGAGUAAAUGUGUGGGGGCACCCAGCUUGAGCGCGCAGUUUGCAGAGAAGUUUAUUUAAUGAACUGCAAUUAGUCAAAAACGAUUUUUGCGGGGGGAUUUAAGUCAAUGAUCAAUUAUCUGUGCACAUUUAUCCAAUUUUUUUUUAUUUUUUUUUUACAAGUCUAAGGGACCAAUUUAUCACAGUGUGAUAAAAAUCGGACCAAUCCAGAAUGCGAUAAUUGAGUACAUGGCAUGCAUGAAUCAAUAAUUGCAGGCAGGGACACAGCUUGCGAGAAUGCUCUGUCCCUGCGAAUUCACUCUGCAGCAUUAUACCGCUAGUAUGUGCUACUCAUGUGCUGCCAUCGGGCCUCCCGUCCCCUCGCGACGACCUUUCCCCCAUGCGCUGCAACCUCCCCACUGCUGCGCAUACUCCCCUGCUCUCAAGGAUCGGUGCUUCGGGAGAUCCUCUUCCUGCUGUGACCCACAGUGCUGUAAAGUGAGCUGCAGCUUCGCAGCAACUUUAUUACACCGGGGGUCGCGCAACAGCGCAGGAGGACCCACUGACCGGCAGCCCGCAUCGGUCCUUUGGUCUGGUAAGGAUGAUUUUACACAUAGCUGAUCACACUGUCGGUUUCUUGCACAUCUUUCUCUGUCAGCGGGCAGAGAAAGCUGUGCAGGAGGCAGGAAAUUGCAGUAAGCCCUGUGAUUACGCUAUCUGAAGAUAGCGUUGUUAUUAUUACAGGACUCGCUGCAGUAUUUAUUUCCCUUCUUUUUUUUUUUUUGUAAAUUCAGCCAGAUCUCUUUUCCCAUACUUAUUAUGGAAAAUGCUAUCUGGUUAAUAAAAGAAAAUGAGAAUUAAAGGGUCUGGAGCAGUUUUUCAUGAAAACUACUCCAAAAGCCUUUUAAUACAUUCAGGUGAUGCUAAAAUAAAGUGAAAAGGGCGUGAAAACACAUUAUUUUAGAGAAAAAAAAAAAGUUUAUAAGUCUGCCCCUAAAUUAAUCCCCCCCCCCAAAAAAAAAUUAUUGUAUUUCUUUCUUUUCUUUUUUUUACAGUAUCUACUUCUAAAAUCACUAUCUGAGCAAAUUGAAAGCUAGUAGUCUUUCUUUCUUACUUUUUUUCUUUUUCCUCCCCUUGCUUAUCCGUAAUGAGCUGGCGCAGAGCUGUCAGGACUACGCCCCAAUCACAAGCGUGAAAUGCCCUCAUUACAAAAGCCACAACAUGCAAAGCUGCAACUAUCUCAAGGUGUGUGUUGGUCUACACCAGUACAAUAUGCGCCAGGUUUACAUUAGGCAUGCGUUUUAUGCUUUUAGCCAUUUGUUUAGCUUGCAUACACUAUUAGGUUUCAAUGACCCUUAAAAACCUUGUCUAAUCAGAUGCAUAUUACCUUCUGUACAUGCGUCUUUUCCGGUCUGCAUGUGAACGCAAUUGCGCAAACUAUUCUUAUGUAAUUGAAACCCCCUUUCAUCCCCAUCCCAUCUCUCCAGGCGUAAGAUGGAAUAAGUUCCAGAAUGAUGCAAUUCUAUAUGGACAUGUAUAUGUGUGGCUGCUCUACUGGGCUUGCACAAGACCAUUCUACGCAAUGUUGGCUACGCCAAUUCUCGCAUCUCAUUCUAUAUCCAUGCACUCCAGAAAAUGACGCUGUUACAAAUUGGCUGAGCAGAGUGUUAUAAAGCUGGUCACGUCAUUUAUUUGUGGAUGGGGUAAAUACAAAACACAUUCUCCGUGAUACCUUUUUUAGUGGCUUACAUCUGCAGCUGAUUUAUUUUUAUUCUUUUAACUGCUAAUGUAGAUUUGAAUCGUAUUUAUUUGUUUUACUCUAUGCUUUAUCAGCAUCCGCAAUGUGCCUGUUUUAUAAAAGCCUGUCAUCCAAAGAGUUGAUUUUAUUUUUGGCUAAAUUGGCGUAUAAAUGUCUUCCAUACUUUGCAUAUCUAAAGUAUAGUACUUUUUUUUUUGCUUGUAUGUUUGUUUUAACUUGUUUCCUUUAGUCACCUGCAUCAGGUUGCAUUUGUGUGCCCUUAUUUCUUUCUCCCUCCUUAAAGUUUGACAUUUAUUUGUACUUAUUUCUAUAAGUGUGAAAUAAAGACUACACCCGUUAUUUUGUGAA